AUGAGUUUCGGUCCCGAAGACUCUGGUGUGCUUGAUUUCAAGACAGAAGAAGAAACGAUCGAAUAUCUAGAAGGACUGGGUCCACAAUUCAAGUACGGAUGUCAUCGCGAACGAAACCCCAUCCAAUGUCAUUCGUUGGGACGCUGGUACGCAAGUUUCAAGCGCAACUUUGCUGAAUCAGAAAAUAUUUACAGACAGAAUUGUUUCAGUCGGCGAUUUGCGGACAGUUGUAUCAAAUAUGCAUCGUACAAACUUCUAGGUGUUGAGGGAGUCAAACGCAACGAUUCACAGGCCUUCGAGGCUUUCAAAUUUGGAUGCCAUGUCUGUGAAGAUGCGAGGUGCUGCCAGGCCGCCGGUGAACUACUAGUGGAGGGGGCAGUUGCGGAGAAGCCUACUGUCAGUUCAAUCAUCGAUUACUUCCUUCGGAGCUGUAACAUGAACCUUCCAAAUGGUUGUUUUUACCUUGGCGCAAUGUACCAUAAACAGGCGAUCGAAAAACGAGAGAACACUAUCGAUACGGCAGGCUCAGCCAAUGAUCCCUCCUACGCUAGCAAAGCCGCACUGCAAAAGUCCGCCGUGUUAGCUUGGGUCAAGGCGUGUGAGGGCGGACACGAACUGGCCUGCCGCAACGUUGCCCGCGCUUACCGGCUCGGAGAAGGGGUAGAGAAGGACGAGGAGGUAGCAGCGUCAUAUUCUCUGGAGGCAAAUGUUUCUUCCAAGUAG